AAAAAAACGUCAGUUUCUGAGUUAAAGAGGCAUACAAAUACACAUCGCUUCAUUUUCGGUCGUUACAAAAUAACGUACAAUUUUUGGAGAAACAGAUUUUGGUGCCUCUCUUCGUUCUGCACUGUUUAUACCCCCGCCACAGGCAGAGACAGGAGAAAAACUUAAUCGUUUUUACAUUCGCUUAUUUACAAAACAAAAGCAAGAAGUUUGAUUUUUAAUUAUUUUGAAGAUUUACUUAUGUCUCGAAGGCCUUAAGUAUAACGUCGAAAGGGUCAUCGCCGUUGGAGGGGGAGUGAAUGGAGAAGUUCGAGUUUCCCAUUGCAAAAUAUGAGUUCAAAACCUUCGGAGUGUCCGCUGCCAGUGAGACAAUUCUUAGGAAACAAAAUUGCAACAGUUCUCCAUAAAGAAAAAUACAAAUUAUUUUAAACAAGUUAAAUGGAAAAACUGUACACACGUACACACACACCUUUACCCACAUCAGCCCACCUGACGUACUGUGUAUGUCUGUAGACUGUGAGGGGGCUGACACAGGGAGAACACGCAAAGGCCAGGCAGUGGGUGCCCGGGGCAUGGGCCCUGUUCUGCUUUUUGCAAGGCAACAGCAUUGCCACUGUGCCACCCAUAUUAUAAACAUUACAAGUAUUACAGGACGCACAAAUAAAUUUAGAGUCAAGACUUUCCAGUCGUUAAUAGUUUUUUUUUUUGCCUUGGAUUUGUUUACUCCAUCCAAUGUAUUCAUUUUACAACCUGUUUCAAUUUGGAAUUGUGUAAAGUUUGGUGUCUUCUCUAUCAAUCUGCAUUUUUGAAUUUAGAGUUUUCCAAAAAAAAAAAUUGAGUAUAUUUUUAUAUUUCACUUUACAAUGUUAAAAUAAAACAACAUUCGUCCAUCCAUUUUCCUAACCCACUUGUUCAGGGUGGGGUCGUGGAUCUCAGCAAUCAUAGGCCACAACAAAGGAGCCACACCUGGACAUGGUGCCUGACUUAGAUGAUGUGAUUGAAAGAUCAAAAGUGGCCAAAGUGAAGGCACUUAUUUCAGUUACAGAGCAAGCAGGUGAAUUUGAGAAAAUGAUUCACUUACACCAAAGGUAUCCAAGCUAUGUAGCUCCAUGUUUUGGAAUUCACCCAAUUCAGCGUGUUUCUGCUAUGAAUCAGCGCAGUGUAACAAUGAAGGACCUGGAGCCUGCCCUGCCUUUAUUUCAGAAAUACAGAUGUGAACUUGUGGCUGUUGGUGAGAUCGGUCUUGAUUUCACCCCUUGGCUUGUCCACCACAAAGAAGAUCAAGAUGAGCAGCUAAAGGUUUUCGUAAAGCAACUUGAGAUUGCCAGACAUCUUGAGCUGCCGGUAAAUGUGCACUCUCGCUCUGCUGCAAGCAAAACCAUCAGAGUUCUUAAAGAGCACGGAAUUCAACAUGCUCUGCUGCAUAACUUUGCAGGGAGGCCAUCAGUGGCCUUGGAAGGAGUGCAAGCAGGAUAUUAUUUCUCUUUUCCACCAGCAGUAGCAAGGAAUGACCAGCGUUUUAAGCUGCUUAAGCAAAUUCCUUUGGAGCACAUUUGCCUGGAAACGGAUGCACCUGCACUUGGCCUGGACAGAGAGGAGAGGAAUGAACCAAAGAACAUUACGAUUUCUUGUGACUUCAUUGCGAGAAUAAAAGGAGUUCCGGCAGAUAGAGUUCUUGAGGCCACCACCUAUAAUGCUAUGAAACUGUUUCCUAAAAUUAAAAACUACCCAUUGGAUACUUGACUUAGAAUAUCCCCUGUGGUCUGAAGUUUGUCGACCUUUUAUUCACUCUCAGCCUUGGCCUGGGUACUGCAAAACCAAAGGAUGGACUGUUUCAAUGGGCGCAGUCAUGGAGGGGCUUCCAGGGAGGGUCAGCAUUUAUACAUACAGUGUAUCCUUCAUGAUAGGAAAACUUCAGUCUGCUGCUUGCCCUUGUAAAAUGAUUAAAAAAAAAAAAUCCCAGAAGAUUUUAUAGAUAUUACAACAAGUGCUGGUCACCUAAACUCGAUGAAAUGAAUAAGAAAAUGUCUAUAUUUGGAAACAUUGUGACACUGGAGUAAUUAUAAUGUUAAAUUGUUUUCAUUUUUUAUGACUGA